AAGCCGCACAACACUGCUUGCAACGGUAGUCGCGUGCAUUCUCGUUUCUAGUCUCCGCCGUGCGCAGCAGAUCAAAGUCAUCAAACAACGUGUCCACAGUUUACAUUUUACACGAAGACCCAUUCACAAAAGUUUCAACAGAACAUCUCAACCGCAAAGUGCGUAUAUCGUACUUAUUCACUUGUCACGACACGGCCGUUUAGUGUGCCUGAUCACUGUCUGUCAACGAAUCCCUGGAACAUAAGCGGUUUCUUGAACUACACAGUCUUUAAUUUAGCAAAUAUGUCGCCACAAACAGAAGUUGCUGGAGACAACGAGCAGCAAAAUAUAUCUCCCAGUGUAUCCAGAUUUUCGCCUACUGCACGAUCUCUUCUCCGUGUAAUCCCGUACGCGGUGCUGUAUUUCCUGGUUACAUCGUAUUUUUCCGCAUGGUACUAUAAAAUAACUUUUCUCUAUAUUUGUUGGUACUUCUGUUACGACACUGCGAAAACAGGCGGUCGUGCCAGUUCCUGGGUUCGUCAUUGGACAAUCUUCCGACGCAUCGCCGGAUAUUUUCCUACUCAACUUGAAAAAACUUGCGACCUGGAUCCCAAUGAGAAGUACGUUCUCGGAUGUCACCCGCACGGUAUUUGCAUUGGAGCGGCUCUCAAUUUCGCUACGGAAGCUACAGGAUUUUCGCAGAUAUUCCUCGGCAUUAAACCACAUCUUCUGACUUUGCGCGGUUGUCACUGGACGCCGAUUUACCGCGAGUUGCUUCGCUAUUGUGGUGCAUCGGAUGCCAGUCCGGAGAAUAUCGCUUAUAUUUUACAGAAGAAGGGGAAUAUGGUGAUCCUUGUGGUCGGUGGCUCUAAAGAAUCGUUCCAUACGGAUCCUGAAUCGGUAAAUCUGGUGCUCCGAAAUCGUAAAGGGUUCGUCCGGAUGGCGCUUAAACACGGGGCGCACCUCGUUCCAUGCUUCACUUUUGGAGAAAGUUGUCUAUUCAAAGUUCAUCACGAUGCUCUGCCAGAUUGGUUUUGCCGUUGGUUCAAGAACAAAACUGGACAUAUACCAAAACUUUUUUCUGGCCGUUAUGGUCUAAUGCCACUCAAAAUCCCUUUACAUGCUGUAGUUGGAAAGCCAAUACCCGUAACCCAAGAUCCCAACCCAUCACCGGAGAAAAUCGACGCCCUCCAUGCGGUGUACGUGGAACAGUUGCGUGACCUUUACGACCAACAUAAGAAACGAUUUGGAAUGGAAAAUAUUCCGCUGACGCUGGUUGAUUAGCGUCGGACAUGCACUCCAGUAUUAAAUUUUGUUGGUUUUGUUUUCGUACGAGUAUGAUUUCCGUACUUUACCUCGUGUCAAUCGCAUUGCAGUCAGGAAAUGUGUUGUUAGAAUUAAUUUAUUAAAAAAUCUAGUCAGUCCCGCUUGUUUUUUUCUGAUUACGAUACCGCUGUGUCAGAAUCACUACAUUUUUUAUCAAAAGAACAGGAAGAGGUUUAUUUUAGUUUUUUUCGAAUUCAGCUACAUAUUCAGUACUACACAAUCGGGUUUUCAUGCAAACCCUUAACCAAUCACCCUGC